UGCAUACUCUGGGGAAAUAGAGUUGUGAUCCCAGAGACACUCAGGCACAGGGUCUUGCAAUCCCUACAUGAAGGGCACCCGGGAAUGGUGCAAAUGAAGGCCCUAGCAAGGGGGUAUGUAUGGUGGCCCAGAAUGGAUAAAGCUAUUGAGGAGUGGGUGCAAGUUUGUAACCAGUGUCAGCAGAGCAGGCCAGAUCCUCCAACAGCUCCACCACAAAAAUGGGAGUCCUCGGGAAAGCCAUGGUCAAGGCUUCACAUGGAUUUCGCCGGCCCGGUACAGGGACAAAUGUUUCUAAUCAUUGUAGAUGCCUGGUCUAAAUGGCUGGAGGUAGUGCAAAUGAAUACAACCACUUCCGCAGCUGUCAUACAUGCGCUCCGUAGGCUAUUCGUAACCCACGGGUUGCCGGACACUCUGGUCAGCGACAACGGCCCUCAGUUUGUGUCUGACGAAUUCAGGCAGUUCCUAGCUGACAAUGGCAUCCGCCAAAUUACUGCUGCCCCAUUCCACCCAGCCUCCAACGGGCAGGCUGAACGUAUGGUCCGCAUGGCCAAAGAAGCUCUGGGGCGAUCAACAGAGGGGGAUUGGAGUUUGAGGCUGGGGGCAUUCCUAUUGCGCCAACACACCACCCCCUGUAGCACGACAGGCCGUAGCCCGGCCGAACUCCUUAUGGGUAGGCGGCUAACUACCCGGUUAAAUAGACUGCACCCCGACCUGAACGACCAACAGGAGGAGCGUACUGACUCACAUACGAAGGUGCACAUGUUUGAGGCCGGGGACAAAGUUUUCGCCCGGAAUUACACUAGCGGGCACUUAUGGAUCCCCAGGGAAAUAUGUGAAUGUAUAGGCUCUAGAAUGUAUGUUGUGCUGCUGACUGACGGUAGGAGAUGGCAGCGCCACGUGGACCAGUUAAGGAGGCGUUGGGCCAAGGACAGUGCUGACUCUCCGGCUGGGUCAUCCGAAAUUGUCUCCCCACCUCCCGUGUUGGAGGAACACGCAGAGUCACCGAGCACUGCAGGGCAAAGUCCUGACAUUGAAACAACAGACCCGGCCGUAAAAGCGCCUGACUCAAGGUCUGUGGAGCCACAGUUAGAAGCCCCACACAGCGAACCUAUUGCCCUUAGACGGUCUCAAUGUACUCACAGAGCACCAUCGUAUCUAGCUGACUAUGAUUGCAGCAAACGUUUUGAUACUGCCUGA